AUGGAAUAUUCAGUCAUAAGGGCGUAUAUGCGUAAAGGGGAUGGUUUUAUCUUGGUCUAUUCAAGUGCAAAUAAUGAGUCGUUUGAUGGUUUGAGAUGCCAUUCAGAAAGGAAUAGAGUUAUCAAAAAGGAACAAGCUGCUAAUUUGGCUUUGGAGCUUAAUUGCCCAUUUUUUGAAACAUCUGCAGAGACAAGUGUUUAUAGCGAGGUGUUUCUAAAUAUUAGCGAGGAGAAGGAGUGGGCAUUAAAUGAAGCACAGAGUCUACUGAAAGUACGUUCCCCUUAUGUGGUCGAGUAUUACACUUCAUGGCAAACCAAAGGCCAGGUAUGCAUACAAAUGGAGCUCUGUUCGCAUAACUUGCGCGAUGUUAUCGACGAUAAGCCGCAACUAUUUGACAGGACUGAUGGGAACGGUAAGUUUUUGAGGCUAUGCGACUUCGGUUUGGCUAAGUUUCACGACCGACACGUCCACUACAUUACCGCUAAUAAACAUACGGCAGAUGUCGGCGAUAUGAGGUAUAUGGCACCGGAAGUGGCUCAGGGCAAAAAUGUUAUAUGCGAUGAUGUGCUCAAUAUAUCUGAUAUUGUCAAAAACGAUUACGGCACAAUCGAGCAAAUACAAAAGGUAGAUCACCUGGAUCGAACUCACAUUAUAGAGUACUUAUGGAAAAUACCAAACUUUUGGGAACUGGUUGAGACUGAACAGGAACUGGUGCUGUCAUCUCGCUUCUACACUCGAGAACCGGGAGGUUAUCGGCUACAGAUGAUGCUCAUACCCAACACCACCUACUCGGACAACCAGGGUUAUGUGGGCACCUUCUUCCGACUGGUCACCGGUAUCUAUGACUCGGUAGUCGAGUGGCCCUACAAACUAAAAACAGUCAUCUCUAUCGUCAAUCACCGGCACAAUAGCACCAGUAGUAGUACUCACAGUAGCACCGGUAGCUCCACCAUAGACUAUCUUAAGCUCAGUGAUGGACAGCCUUUUACGGUGGUUCCCAACACCGACUCGUGUCGACUCCGGUCGGCAUUUCUCAGACCAUCGGCCGAUCAGGACUUUAACCCCAAUCCGGACGGCUGUGGGAAUCGACGCCAUAUAGCGCUGGACGUGUUGGCCGACCAUCCGGACCAGUAUUUCCUCGAUAACAGCCUUUUCGUUAAGCUAACCGUCCAUUUGAGAGACUACGGGACGACCUAUAGGACUGCGGAGUUGUCCACGAAGUAUAACCAAAUGGUGUCAUACUAUGAAUGGCCGGUCAGGGACUACAUGCAACUCCAGAACCAGUCGCUCAGGGAUGAGAAAAUAGCGGUCGUCACGAGUGAACCCUUUUAUACGCAUAGAAAUGGAUAUUUAAUGCAAUUGUUUCUGACUUUAUUGCCAAAACGGAAUGCCUUUGCCAUAUCCCUGGCCAUGGCUCAGGGAGACUAUGAUAGGUACUUGCAAUGGCCGUUCCCCUACAAGUUCGAGGUGGCUAUCGUGGACCAGAGC